AUGUCGCUUCCGCAUCUUGUGACAACUACGUCCGUCUCUGGCGGUUCUCAGAUCGACAAACCAUCGCCAUCUUCCAGCACUCAGCCUGGUGGAGGUCAAGAUAAAAUCUCAGAGUGGGCAGUGCCCGAGGGUACUCCCAAGAAACCGGUAUCAAAGGCUCAAGUCUCUGACUCAAAGGCAUGUUUCCAUCCAUUGACUCGUAUAAUGCAAUUAGACCAAACUUCAUGCAUCAUGCUGCAGAUACUCGCCAUUAGCACGACUGCCCGCAAUGCAGGGGAUUCAUCUACUGCUGAAGAUAACACUUCUGAAGUAGCGGGCAUUAUUCGAAAGGUCAUCCACGUUCAGCUCGAUACUGCCCCGCUUCGCCUACUCAACACUGUCACUGGGCUUUUAUGUGAUCGAGAAGCACAGAUAAGUACCUUCAAAACGAGCGCAGAGUAUAAAGAGCUUCUGCUAUCAACAAUGAAGCACCCUGACCUCCGAACGGGGCACAUCGCAGAAGCGGUGGCGAUGUACUUCGGUUGUGUCAUGCUAUCGCAUAGGUGGGAAGACACGGAGCCACUGCUGCAUGACGUCCAUGGCAGGGUCGUAUACAAGUUGAAGGCAUCUAGUGGUCUCGUAAAGUUGCAGUCAUUCUGCAGAAUUGUCCGUGAUGCAGGGUAUCACUGGGCGUGGGUUGAUACAUGUUGCAUCGACCAGAAGAACAAUGUCGAGCUCCAAAAAUCACUCACCUCCAUGUUUGCCUGGUAUCGCAAUUCAGCGCUCACAGUUGUCUACCUAUCGGAUGUUCCGCCUUCUUCAAAGUCCGGCGCUCUGGCGGAGAGCGCUUGGAACACCAGGGGAUGGACCGUCCCGGAAUUUCUGGCUCCUAAAGUCAUUCUCUUCUACCAACAAGAUUGGUCCCUGUAUCUUGACGACCACUCGCCAAACCACAAGGGAUCUGUCAAGAUAAUGAAUGAGUUGGAAGAUGCGACGGGCAUAGAUGCACGUGCCCUCGUCGCCUUCCAACCAGGGAUGAGAGAUGCCCGAGAGAAACUCCGAUGGGUAUCUACGCGUGUCACCACUGUGGCGGAAGACAUCGCAUAUUCGUUGUUUGACAUCUUCGGCAUCCAACUACCUAUCCUUUACGGCGAGAAUAAGCAGAAUGCGCUCGGAAGGCUCUUGCAGGAAAUCGUAGCUCAGUCGGGCGAUAUUACUGCCUUGGACUGGGUCGGAAAACCUUCCGAGUUCAACAGUUGUCUGCCAGCCGACAUCUCCUCGUACGAACCUCCGCCAUACGCGGAGUCGUCUCUAUCCGAAGAUACGAUUCAGUCAUCAGUCUCCUCACUUCGAGAUGCUGUCGCUCUAGAGUCGGCUUCGAGAUUGUAUCAGACGCUUGACUAUCUGAGCGCUCCUCGUUUUGCGCACCGCCGGUUGCAACUGCCUUGCAUUGUAUUCCCUGUCACAGAUGCCAUGCCGAUGCCUGGUCGAGAUCAAGAGACACGCACAUAUGAAGUCAAGGCAGACGGGCUUCAUGACCUGCAGAUCACCACGAAACACAAGUUCAUUCCAUUCUCGCAGGCAAGACCGCUGCGCACCGGACUGACAUUCCUACUCGUCCGCCCAUGGAGUCGCCAUAUCCUUGACCUGCCUGAUCCUGCAGACGAUACGCAGAGCAUGGAAGAUUGCUCCGUGCCCGAAUCUCUGUUGCACGAUUGGCCCCCUUCAGAAAUGAGCCGGAAGUUUAUUCGGACUCUGACUCACGAGCAUUGCGAUUAUUGGUUCGCCUUGCACAGCCUUUUGCUGCAUUUUUGCUAAUGCGGCAGCGCUCUGGAGAAUUCAAGAGAAUCGCGUCGGAUUAUGAUAUCAUUGCACAAGUCAAAGACAUAGCUUCUGUCCACGAUAUGAUGGACAUCAGAACCGUAGAAAUAUCGUAGACGUAUGUUUUCUGUUGUUGAAGACUAGAUAUCUCUGAGUGGUUGUCGUUGGUCGACUCGUCCCUUGACGAUACUUAUAUACACGUAGAUAUCCUUCAGAGCAGACAUUGGAUACCAAUUAUUCAUCAGGCACUAUUACUUAGUGGUACUUCUUUGUCCUAUACCAUCAUCUUCCGCUGCACGUCAUUGCGUGGGCACUCGGAUUUACACUCUAACGCAGAAACGCGCAACUCCUUGCGAAUUCUGAAUUUUUGAUUAGCU